CCCGGGACCCCCCGACGUGGCUCGCAUGUCGCCGCGGCCCCUCGCCCGCUUAAGCCUCUCGUCUCAGGAAGGGCCAACGGAGAGCAUGGACGCCGAGCCCCCGCCUUUCUUCUCCUCCUCCUCUUCCUGGGACUGGAAGGUCAGCGGCGGCGGCAGCGGCAGCGGCGGCUCUCUGGAGCUGGGCCAGAGCUCGCCCGCGCAAAGUCUGUCUCCUUCCCCGUCUUUCGACUCGUACGCCUCUUCGCCUUAUCCCCUGCUGGUGGACGUGCCGUGUGGCCCCGGCGACGGGAACGAGGCGGGGAGCAGCCUGAGAGGGUACCCGCUCGGAGAGUUUCCCUCCGUUUAUCUUUCGCGGCCCGGGCAGGGCCAAGGUCACAAAGGGCCCAAAGGGCGGAUGUCGGUGCAGCGCAGGCGAAAGGCCAGCGAGAGGGAGAAGCUGCGGAUGAGGACGCUGGCCGAAGCCCUGCACACGCUGCGCAAUUACCUGCCGCCCAUGUACACCCAGCGGGGCCAGCCGCUCACCAAGAUACAGACGCUGAAAUACACCAUCAAGUACAUCGGCGAGCUCACGGAUUUGCUGAACACCGUCAAGCAAGGACAAAUGCCUUGAAGGCUUCGGGGGAGCUAUGCCCUCUCUGGAAGGCAGUCGUCUAUCCGAUCCUUCCCCCAUGCACACACUUCCACUUGACAGCCUUCUGGUCGUCUUUUUUAAAAGUGACAUUUUCACCAACCCCUUCCCCCAGUGGGAGGACACAGCCAUGCGGCUUUGUUGGGAACAGUACUGAAGCACCAGUUGUUUUCUUUUGGGAUAUGUCUUUUUCACUAACUUUUUGAUCUGCCGUCCUGGGAUUUCCUGGUGGUCUCCCAUCCAAGUGUUGAUCCUACUUAGCUUCCAAGAUGGGUCCAUUUGCCCGGAGUUUGACAAUUAUGGACUUGUUCAAAAGAUAAUUUGGGUCAAUCCGUUAUUCUAAGGGGUAGCUCAUGACAAGAGUUUGUGGUAUUUUGGGAUGCCGCACAGAUGUUGGACAGACAUUGAAUCAAACAUAGGUGUUGAUGGAACUUUCUUUUUUUCUUUUUAAAAUGCAAUUGAUGUUAGGGUGCCAAAUUUCAUCUAACUGGGUAUGUCUUGAAGUGGCAAUCAGUGGAUUUCUUAAAAGAAAAAUACUUCUCAUAUCCCUAUGUAUUUUUUAGUUAUGUCUGUUGGUUGGGAGGCACUUUAUAUCAGCAAGAAUAUUUUUAUGCUUAUCAUACAUUAUGGUACAUUUCAAGUUUCAAUGGGAAAAAUCCUAAAAUGUAUAAAAAAUUGGUUCUGAUUGGAGUUACUUGUGUUACAAGCCUUGUGUAAUUGAGUUUACGUAGAUGUAAAUUGCAUUUUUGAUCAAAUAAUAAUCACUGUGCUUUUUAGUAUGGGACAUCAUCAGUCUGGCCCAAAACGGUUUGUCUUCAUAACAUGGAGGUUAGUUUUAAUGUAUAUGCAUUUACUGAUUUUGUAAAUAUAAAACUAUUUUUAAAUUGAUAAUAGGGGUUUGCUGAAUCUCUCAAUCAUCAGAGCCAGGGGAAAGUAAGUUGUGGGUGGGCUGAUGUUUUUUUUAUUUUUGCUUGUAAAUAUCGAUAGUCCAUAUAAGGGACAUGCUUUCAGUGUCCUAAAUUAAAUAUAGUUCAGCUAGGAUUAAUCCCAAUGAAAGCAAUGAACUUAAUCAUGACUGGGGAAAAAAUUCAUUGACUGCAGUGGAAAUUAUCCUCAAUUAUUUAUUUUUUUCCUACCAAGUGAUAUACACAUUCCUCUAUAAACCUAAGUGUUUGCACAGCUGGUUACGACACCCCAGAUGUUUUUACCAUGAUAGAAGUAGAUUGUAUAAAUUCAUUUGAAAUGCUUCUGUAGGGGAAACUGUGAAAUCCAAAUCAAUAUGUAUGUUUUCAGCUCAUAUGCAGACAAAUUGUGGCUCCUUAUGCGAGGAUAUAUAUGCGAUGCAGAGUUGAACCUUAUGGGCACUGACACCUUGAUUGCACACCUUUCUUAGAUGAAAAUGCCUUUGAACAGGAGCAUUAUCAAAUCCGAAGCAGCCCUAUCCUGGUAAUUUGAUUGCUGCUUUAUUAGUUGUAAGUCAUACAUUCAGCAUAUUUUCUUUAUGCUUGAGGAUAUGUUAGACUGCACAUUAAUGUGUUAAAUGCCAAACAACAGUUCUCAUGCUCGAGUUUAAUCUGCCCAUUGCUAGUGAGCAGGGCUCCCUUGAUAGACUGUAUCUGUCCAGCUGAUCUGGCAGCAGCACAUUGCCUAGGGAGUUCAUCACACACAUCUCACUUUGAAAGAUAACAAACUUUCAGCAUGAUAACGAAUAAGCUAUUUUCCCUCAGAGCCAUCCAGAGUAGGCUGGGCUGAGAUAUCAGGAGAUGCUGAGAUCUGUGGUGCUGCAUUUAAAGUAUAGUGUAUCUAACUCUGGUCUUUUGGUUCCCCUCUGAAUGUGAUUGUUAUUUUUCCAGAGAACAUGCUGGCAAGUUUUCUACAGUAUUACAAAUGAAGAAAGUAGAUUUACAUACUCACAAAUAAUGUUUUAUUCAUGUAUAUUUCAAAAGUAUCUCAGGGCUUUGGGGACGAGCAUAAUCAGCUGGAGAGAAUAAAAGAAAGAACAGAAAGAUUUUGUCUUCUUAAAUAAAACAUCAUAUAAUCUCUUA